GCCCCGAGAAGCUGUGGCUGCCCCAUCCCUGGAGGGGUUCAAGGCCAGGUUGGAGGGGGCUUGGAGCAACCUGGUCUGGUGGGAGGUGUCCCUGCUCCUUGGACGAAAAGGCUUUGAACGGUUCCUUCCAACCCAAACCAUUCAAUGAUUCUAAGACGUGGCUGAUGACCCGCAGGGUGCGUGGGCUGGCAUGUCCCCUGCAUUGGUGGCUUGUCCUUGCUCGUCCCUGCUGUGGGCCACCCAGCCCGCCAUCGCCUGCCGUGAGGAACUGUCCUGACACCAGCGCUUUCCUGGAACCUUUUAAACCCUGUGGAGGUGAUCCCAACCCCUAGGGCUGAGCUCCAGCCCCACAGCAGUAAGAAAGCCACCUUUGUGACCCUCUGUGAGUCUCUCCUGCGGGAUCUCCACCUCUGCUACUGGGAAUACUAGGAAUGAUCUCUGAGGUCCCUUCCAACCACCACAAUUCUGUGAUUCUGUGAUUCUGUGAAUACUGGCUCCUCUGCGGGGUCAGCCCCAGGCACCUUCCUGGUGGUGAGGGUUUGGAGCAUCCCAAGGGCAGCCGGAUGCUGCCGCUGAUGGUGGGGAAGUUAUGGGUGGGAUGGCACCAGGGGGGGAUCUGCUUCUGUCAGGGUGAGAUGUUCCCAGCUAUCGUGAUGGAGAGGGGAGGAGAAAUCCUCCUGUGUAUCGCCAGGCUCUCUCUGUUGGUGAAUUUAAAACGCCUGGUUCCCCUCUUGGGAGCUUCCAGCUUUGCUCUGCCAGCCCCAUGGUCCCUUCCAGCCUGGCCUUUUUUUUGCUGCAGCAGGACUUGGGCGAUCAUGCUUAGAGACCGCUGCCCGUCCCUCUGCCCGCGCAGGCAGCGGUGCUGCCGCCGUACAGCCCUGCCUCUGCUUUGCCCUCUGCAGCACCGCGGCACCCUGCCACCGCCGGGCUUCAUGUGAGAGAUGGCGAACGCCGAGGUGAGCGUCCCUGUGGGUGAUGUGGUGGUUGUACCAAGUGAUGGGAACGAAGGGGAGAACCCGGAGGAUACCAAAACCCAAGUGAUCCUGCAGCUCCAGCCGGUGCAGCAAGGGAUUUACCAAGAGGGCUCGGAGGCCAGCGCCGCCGUAGUGGCCGUGGAAACCCACACCAUCCACAAGCUGGAAGAAGGGAUCGACCCCAGCACCAUUGAAGCGAACGAGGAGAUCGAGAUCGCCUAUCCCAUCACCUGCGGGGAGAGCAAAGCCAUCCUGCUCUGGAAGAAGUUUGUCUGUCCAGGAAUCAAUGUCAAGUGCGUAAAGUUCAAUGACCAGCUGAUCAGCCCGAAGCAUUUUGUUCACCUGGCUGGGAAGUCUACCCUGAAGGACUGGAAGAGAGCCAUUCGCCUCGGAGGAAUCAUGCUGAGGAAGAUGAUGGACUCGGGGCAAAUCGAUUUCUACCAGCACGACAAAGUCUGUACCAACACCUGCAGGAGCACCAAGUUCGAUCUCCUGAUCAGCAGCGCCAGAGCACCGGUGCCGGGGCAGCAGAGCGUGGUGCAGACUCCCACAUCAGCUGAUGGGAGCAUCACCCAGAUCGCGCUGUCGGAGGAGAGCAUGGAGGAGGGGAUCGAGUGGAACUCGGCUCUGACGGCUGCCGUCACCAUGGCCACUGAGGAAGGCAUGAAAAAGGACACAGAUGAGAUCUCGGAGGACACACUGAUGUUCUGGAAGGGAAUAGCUGAUGUGGGGCUGAUGGAAGAGGUUGUGUGCAACAUCCAGAAGGAGAUAGAAGAAGUCCUGAGAGGCGUCCAGCAGAGAUUGGGUCAGUCUCCCUUCCAGAUGACAGAUGCUGCAGUCUUGAACAACGUCGCCCACACGUUUGGCCUAAUGGACACAGUCAAGAAGGUGCUGGACAACAGGAAAAACCAGACAGAGCAAGGAGAGGAACAGUUUCUUUACACGCUGGCAGACCUGGAGCGGCAACUGGAAGAGCAGAAGAAACUUGCCAAGGACCAGAAGGCGAAGUCCCAAACCAUCCAGAACGUGGUGCUGAUGCCCGUCAGCGCUCCCAAACCCCCCAAGAGACCCCGCCUGCAGCGCCCGGCCUCCGCCACCGUCCUCAGCCCCUCCACCCCCAUCCAACAGCCUCAGUUCACCGUCAUCUCCCCCAUCGCCAUCGCGCCCGUCGGACAACAGUUCUCCGUGGGCAACAUCCCGGUGGCAACCAUUAGCCAAGGCUCCAGCCCGGUGACUGUUCACACCUUACCCUCUGGCUCCCAGCUCUUCCGAUACGCCACCGUGGUGUCCUCCUCCAAGACCAGUUCCUCCGACACGGUCACCCUCCACCCGUCCUCCAGCCUGGCGCUCCUGAGCUCGGCAGCCAUGCAGGACAGCGGUGCCUUGGCCAACGUGGCGGCGGUGGUCAACCCCGUGGAACUGGUGGCCAUGGAAUCUGGUCUCACUUCCACCAUCCAAGCCGUGGAGGGCACCUCGGAUGAUGGGCAAACCAUCAUAGAGAUCGACCCGGCGCCGGAUCCCGAAGCGGAUACGGAUGAGUCGGAGGGUAAAGCUGUGAUCCUGGAGACAGAGCUGAGGACUGAGGAGAAAGUGGUGGGAGAUGUGGAAGACCAUCAGCACCAGGUCCAUAACGUGGAGAUUGUGGUCUUGGAGGACUAGCGGGGGGGAAGGCAAAGCGCCAGUUUGGGGAAGAGUUGGGAAUUUGUUUGAUUUUGGGCUUUUUUUGUUAAGCAUCUUUUCCAGCCACCCCAUUUGUUUCCAUGGAUAUUUUUUGUUGUACUGUAUAUAAUAUAUAUAUAAUUAUUAUUAUUUUUUUUAAACAAACAAACAAAAAAAAAGCUGGAGAAACACGUGAGACCUGGAAAAGGCUCUGUCUCCGUGGAGCACUGAACAAUUCCACCUGUUGGCAGGGUGAAGGAGAGACUGGAUCUCUGCUGAACCACCCAGCCGCGAGGAACUGGACGAGGGCUCCUGGCGCCCAGCGCGCCCUGGCCCAGACCCGCACGUGGUGCUUCUGCUCCUGGCCCCCAUGGUUUUUAUUUCAGAGAGACAAUAACCAGUGGCUGGAGCGUUGAUGUGACUGUGGAAAGGGGGGUGACGGCUUUGGGGUGGAACAGGUACCUCAUUUGUAUUUUUAUUUUCCCCCAGGGAAGGGAAUUCCGUCGGACUCUUCACUGUCACCUCAACUCGGAUUUUUUUAAUUAUUAUUCUUGCUUUGGGGAUGGCGACAGUAACCCUGCCUUUACUGUCCAUAUUCUCCUCCUCCUCCUCCUCCACAUGAAUUGUUUUUAUAUCUUUUUUUUUUUUAAUUAUUAUUAUUAUUUGUUUGCUUUCCCUUCCCUUGUCCAGAUUUCCCAGCUGCAAAGCCCCGGGACCUACUCUCGCCAGUCUCAGGGGCGUUCCCUCUAUCCC